AUGUCAAGCACCUUUUGUCUUGAAGAAGAGAAAAACAGAAUUAUUACCAUAAUUGAAAAAGUCCCAGAUUUAGUAACGGAAAAUAAAAACUUAUGUGAAGAAGUAAAUUACUGGAAAAAUAAAUUUGUGACUCUCCAAGAAGAGGUAAACAAUCAUUACAAUGCCGCUAUUUACAAUUAUGAAUUAUGUAUGAAGUAUGAAACCAAAGUCACUGAAUUAACUAAAUCUUUACAAAAUAUGGAUGCCAAAACUAAAGAAAUGAGUGAAGAAUAUACCAAGAAAGAACAAAAAAUGAAUGAAGAAUCUAACCAAAAGAUAACAGAACUAAAUAAUAAAAUCAAUCAAUUAGAAGAAAAGAUUGUUCUCUUAAAUGAAGAAAAAGAGAAACUUUUAGCAGACAUUUCUAGUGCAAAAACAAGGGGUAAAGACCAAGAAGUAGAGUCAAAGGACCAAUUCAGUGUUUUAGAGAGUAAUGAUAAAGAAAAACACACACCAAUACAACAACAAAAUGAACCAAAACAAGAAGAGAUAACAAAUGAAACAAAUGAAAACACUCCAGAAGAAGCUAAAGAAUUAGAAAAAAUAGUAAACGAGAAAAAAUCUAAUGAUGCUAUGAAAAUUAUAGAAAAGCUUGGUGGUAUUAAAGCACUUGCCAAAAAUACAAACCUAAACAAUAUGUCUUGGUCUUACAACCCAAAAGAGGAUGGACUUUUUGAAGUAAUUAUUUUUUGUAGUGACAAAAGUUGCUCUUUUAUUGCAGUUUAUAACUCACAAGAAAUGAAUGUAGAAGAAAACCAGCCAUAUUGCCAAACCAGUAACGAUCAUUUCUGCAUUUUUGAUUUACCAGCAGGAAGUUAUGAAAUCUUUGCAUAUAAUGAUGAGUCAUUAGAGAAUAUUGGCUAUUCAAAAAUAACAUUUAACUAA